AUGGCCGGAUUCAAGUGUCAUUCUUUGUUAGCAAUUUUCAUGUUAUAUCUCAUAUAUGCAAAAUCAGAAUUAUUUGCAAACACAAGUAAUUAUUUUGGAGAGUUAGCAAGUGGAUGCAACUUGUUUAGUGGUGCAUGGGUGCAUGAUUCUUCUUCACCUCAUCUCUACGAUUCUUCGACUUGUCCCUUCAUUGAUUCUCAAUUUGAUUGCCUCAAACAUGGCCGCCCAGACAAAGAUUACAUCAAUUACUCAUGGAAACCAAGCUCUUGCAACUUGCCUAGAUUUGAUGGUGUUGAUUUUCUGAGGAGAUGGAAAGGGAAGAAGAUAAUGUUUGUGGGCGACUCGUUGAGUCUAAAUCAAUGGAACUCGUUAGUGUGCAUGCUACAUGCUGCACACCUGAAUGCUAAGACCACCUUCGUUAAACAAACCCCAAUUUCUCAUGUUACGUUUGAGGAGUUUGGAGUGACAAUAUACCUCCAUACAACCCAUUAUUUGGUGGACCUAGUGAAAGAAGCCAAAGGUUUUGUCUUAAAACUAGACUCCAUUGAAGAAGGCAAAGCAUGGCUAGGAAUGGACAUGCUUAUAUUCAACACAUGGCAUUGGUGGCUCCACACUGGUCCCAAAGCACAAGGUUGGGACUUCAUUCAAUAUGGUUCCACCAUAGCCAAGGACAUGGACCGCCUUCGAGCCUUCUCUCAUGCCCUCACCACGUGGGCCCAUUGGGUCAACCAAAAUGUCAACCCUUCCCAGACUAAGGUCUUCUUUCAAGGGAUUUCUCCCUCUCAUUCUAGGGACUGCGAUGGAGCACGUGCACCGGAUAAAGGGACCACGGAUUCGAUAAGGCCAGAGUCGGCUACUAUAGUUUUGAAGAAGGUGUUGAGUACGUUAACGAAACCGGUCUAUUUGCUAGAUGUUGCGGCCUUGUCGGGGCUCCGGAGAGACGCUCAUCCGUCGAGAUACGGUGGCGGUGCGGGUCUUGAUUGCAGCCAUUGGUGCUUACCUGGAUUGCCGGAUACUUGGAACCAGCUUCUUUAUGCAGCUCUCAUUUGA